UUUGUGGUUAUGACGUCAGGUCAGAAGUCAGCGCACAUGUUAGGGGAAAAACCCUGGGGAAAGCCAGCUCAGCAACCCCCAGACCUUUGUGUAGCUCUAGCUUCAAGCGACCGCGAGUUCGUUGAUGAUGAAGUGAUCCGUGAUCGGUGUGGAAGGGCGAGUAGCUAUAAAUGGAAGAACCCAAAAACCACGUCUUCUUUUGGCUGAUCUUGUAUCUGUACCUACUGAACCAGGGAGAGUGUCAGGCUAGCGAGAUCAAAGGCUGUGAUGUUGUUUCUGUUGUGGCGGUAGAAGAAGUCCAGGAUACAAAUGGCCUCAGAAUUUCUUUAGCACUCAUCACCGAGGACACAGUGGAGAGCACGGUGGUCACUGAACUACCAGGAGCCACUGUAGCCCAACCAGAGUGCGGUCCCGGCCUCAGCAGAUGUCCUCUCGUCUGCAGGCCAGGCCACUAUGACAAAGGGCCUCUCUGCCAGUUCCCUGUGAGAGUCAACGGCACGGAAAAUUUCCUAACACUCACCCAGUUUGAAAGAGUGGCUAGUCCCGAAGGUCUUCGGGUGAAAGACACAAAGUUCAUACCACCUGCCACUGCUUCGUGUGUUCCUUUAGUAGUGUUCAAAGGAGGGCCUGAGGCACCAGUAGAGAACCUAGUUCCUUGCCUUGAUACCACCGCAACCGACAAUCCCUUUCUCUACUUUGAGACAUUAGAGGAUUCCACUCUAAGGGCCGAUGAACUUGUGUCUGGGGAGUACGUCAAUGUUGAUGGGGACAUAUCCCGUGUACUGUAUGGAGAAAAUAUCAAAGGAUGUUCCCCAGAGCAUAAUGCCUUUUUUAAGGUGGGCCACAAGGUGUAUGUGUUCAGAGUCUUUGUUAACGGUGAAGCAAGUUUCCAUCAUGCGGAGAUUGAUAAUUGCCCUCUUGUGGCAGAUUUCCGGUUUUUCGAGCCUGGUCACGUUCAAUUUCAGUGCUCUCCUACUGACACUGUGUUGUACGAUCCGUGCAACUCGGGGGAUGUGGUCGAAAGACUUGACCUGACUGUGAAUGCCUCUGUUUUCCAGUGCCAGGAGGCUAACUUGAACAUUCGUCACUUUGAGGGAAAUCUGACUGUUAGUGUGUACGGUAGUGAUGCGGAAGACGAUUCAGAAAGCGUGAGUAUCCUUCCUUUCAAUGACACUACUACUGGAAAGUGUGUGGGUGGCCAGAGCCCGGUUUUGUUCCUAGCACGCAGCAAUGGUGAGACCUACUUCCUGGACCUCUCGACUGGCAAACUUCAUUUCCUUGCUUCAGACACCUGUGGCCCACACUCUUGCCUUGAACUCAGUGUCCUCCAUACAGAGAGUGGCCUGGUUGUGGGUGUCUUUGACUAUUCAACCAAUGAUUACCUUGUGUUGAACCUCGCAUGUCCCAGUAGUCCUGAAGUGUCUCGUGUGCACUACAACAGUCCUCCUGCCAGAGUUACUCUUGCGGCUAGUGGCACCACCCAACAAUGUCCUCCCUGUAAUGAAAGGGAUAUCCCCUCUGCGUCUUCAACCCCACUGACACCGUCUGGUGGUUCUGCCACUGGACCAGACGUCACAUCUCCUGAUGAACCGUCUAUUGCCACCCCAGACCAAGGGAACAAUCUCGCUGCUGCAACAGACAGUGGAACAUUAAUUGGUGUCAGUAUUGGGGUUAUUGUAACAGUGGUAUUAGCAGCAGCGUUAGUCAUUCUCUCUAUUGUGGCAUUGGUCUGGUUUCAAAAAUCCAAGCGUUCUUCUUCAUCAUCUUCUAGCACUGGGGAAAGUGAUGUCACUGCUGGUGCUUGCAGAGAGGGCGAGAUUGAUUCUGCUACUGGUGUGUCAGGGGAAUCUGAUGCGUCUUCAGCUGUGGAGUCUAUUCCAGUUCUUCCUAUUGGAGAGGAUGUUGUAGAUGCAGUAGCUGUCUCUCCCAGUGAAGCUGAUGAUCCAGGAGAGCAGAUGGUCAUGGUCGCCACCGGAAAUACGGCGGACAGAACUAGGUUCACGCCUGGGGAGGUCCGAGACAACUACGAUGAGCGGACCGAACGUGAACAAGAUUGUAAUGACAUGGAACACAAGAUGUGGAACAUGGAAUCGGCACUGUAGACAAUUUUGUAGUAUUAUACCAUAUGUAUGGAGCAAGCUCCUCGUGCUAUAAUUUAUUAUACAUGCAAUAUUACAGCAAUCAAAAAGGGUAUUGUGAGGGG